CUUGAAAAAUUGGAAUUUUAAAAGCUUUAGUAUGGUCAGUUUUAAGGCGAGGACCCGUUAGUUUUACAUUUUUUUCUGAAGCGAAGAAGUUAAGCGUGGUUCUCAGAAAUAACACACGAAAAUGUGCGACUACCAGAUGGAUUACUCCUUCAUCUUUGAAGACAGCUCCUGCGAAGGUGAUGUCUCCAUGGGUGCCUAUGAUAACGGAUUCGAGUCCAUGUGGCAACAAGUGGGCGAGGAACUGCGCAGGGAGCGGGAAAUGAACGAACUCGGCCAGCUUUUCCAGCAAAACUUGAGCCUGAGUCCACCGGCCUACGCGGACCAAUGGAGAUUCUAACUGGGCCGCCCUAAUCCAGCUUAUUGUGAUUUAUGUAUAUAAUAGAUUAAGCAGAUCAUUUGCCAUACCAAUGGCCUUCGUUAGGGCAUUUUUGAUAAGUGCUCGUAUUUUUUAUAUUUAUAACUAUCGACCCAGAAUGGUUUUUGUAUACUUAGUCUAUGAAGUCAUCUUUUCCGUGUUUCACAAAUGUCUGAUUUCGUGGAAGUUCGCGUUGUUUUGUCACUUUACCAAGUAAUCAAUUUGUACCAAACACAUAUGAUUGUCCUAGAUCCAUAAUAGGCAUUAGCUUGCCUUCGAUAUUGUUAGCAAUUUGCACUGGCUUUGAAAACAUAUAAUGUAUACAAGAGCAAAGGGGGAAGUUCGAAAUUUGUCAAAUCCUUACCCAAAACGAUGAAAAUAAAUUUGCAAUGUACAAAGUUUGA